AUGACAGAUUUAUCAUCAAAACAGACACAAAAUGCAUCGUUAUCAGAUACUAAAACACAUUUACUAGGAUCUACAGUUGAUGACUCUCAUAUACAUCGUCAAACUAAAGCUCAUAAGACAUUUGUUGUUCACGGACGUCAUCAUACACGAGUGCCUUCUUGUGGGCGGAAUUUAAAUAAAAUGAGUAAACAUGCUAUGCCUGUUGCUUCAACUGUAUUAGUUGUUCCUGAAGACUUGAAAAUUCGAGGAAUUUCGACAAAUACAUUUCGAAAACAUGUCUUGCAAAUGGAUAUAGAUGAUACGAAUAAAAAAACUGUACAGGAAACAGAAAAGCAAAAGGAAGACACUGAAGAUAAUGAAGAGAAGCAAAAUGAGCAAUCAGGAGAGAUAAGAUUACAGGUUUUGCCACAGAACUUAGAAGAAUCAGAAAAAAGCGUUAUUCCAUGUUCUAACAUAAAAAUACACUCUUUUGAGCAAAAAGAAGACCUAAAUAGCAUAAAACGAAUUGUUUCAUCUAUUUCUAAGCCUAUUACAAGUCGUCUUAUGUCAAUAAGAAAUCAUCAAGUUGCUAUGCCUUACUUAACACGUGAGACAGCAAUUGCAGAAAAUACAGUAGCAACACAACCAACAUUCCCAAAAGAAAAUGAUUCAUCUUACGCUUUACAAUGUCUUAAUGAAACAAACAACGCAUCUACUGAAUCAAUGAUUCCAACAUCAAAAGUAAAUACAUUGAAGUCCACUGUUUCAGAACCUUCCUUUAAAAGUUAUAUGAAUCGGACACAACAAAAACUUUUGUUACAAAGAGAAUUAAGUUUAACAUGUAUUAAAUCUCAUUCAAAGAAUGAACCCGAAAGUGAUAAUUUUAUACAACGUCGAAUUGAUUAUAUUAAUAAAGAAUAUACUAACAUAUCACGUUUUAUAAAUCCUUCAAAACAUGUUAUUUUAAAAUUAUUUCAUGAUGGUUGCCUCGAAGAUAUAAAACAAAUGUCGAAUCCAAUAAACCAUAAGUCUUCAGAAGAUAAACCGAAUAAAAGUUCAUCUAAGCUAGCUGAUUUUAUAGGAAAGUAUGAUAAUCAUUCAAAAGAAUCUGAUAAAGAAGAAAAUGAGCAUAAUGAUAUAACAGAAUCAAUUCAAAUAAUUCUUGAAAAAAUGUGGACAAAUAAUGAAAAUGUUGCAUAG